AUGACAGCCCCAACAGCAGCAAUGGAGCCCGAAGAGUCCUUCGACCCGGAUCCCGUCGUCGCCUCCUACGACGUCUUCUUCAACCCCUCCCUGCCGCAGGGCCGCAAGCUCUGGGUCCUCCAGCAACCCAACCGUACCGACCCGCGCACGACCGCCCCGACCGAGAUGCGCCUCAAGGGCCGCUCCGGCAUGGUCGAGGUCGACGUGCCCCUCGACUACACCCAGUCCUACGACAAGGAAAAAGGAAUGAAGUGGGGUCGCCAGCUCAAGGCCAGCCUCGAGGCAAAGAACGGCGGCACCCACGGCCUGUCUGGCGGUUUCGGCGUCGGUGCCCCGCCUCCCAGGCCCAAGAGGCGCGGCGAGGUCGAUCUGGAGGACGAUUUGUAUCUCGAAUGGCCCGAGGCGGUGCGCCAGGACAAGGUUCUCCGGACGCAGACGCUCGGCGGGCAAUGUCCCGACCAUAAGGAGGUCCAGUACAUGAUUGGCGUCUUCCAAGGAAAGGACCUCCACCUCACCCCCGUCACAAACCUCGUCCACCUUCGCCCCCAACUCCACCACGUCGACGCGGUAGCCCAACAAGAACGCAACGCCUCCGCCGCAGCGGCCAAGGAAUCCGCAGCGGCAGCGGGCGGUCCAGGAGCGGGCGGCGCGGCGCCCAACUCGGCCGCGGCGCGCGCGAUCCACAUGACCAUCAAGACGACGCCUGACGGCGCCACGGCAAAGAGUGAGACCAUGGCCGACCGCCUCCGGUCCGUCCAGAUGGAGAAUUGGCGCAAGCUCAAGUACACGGACGAGGACAACGAGGCGGCGUGGGAGAUUUACCAGGAGAGUCUUAUUAUGCGCGCUCCGGGAGAGAAGCCGGCGCCGAUCAAUGAGGAGGAUGAGGAGAAGAAGAAGAAGGCUGCCAUUGAUGGGGCCGAGGAGGCUACUCAGACGAAGCCAGUGGUGGAUUUGGCUGAAAAGGUUGCGAGGUUGGAGACUAAAUGGGGUGAUGACGAACUGUUGGAGGCUGUUAGUGGUAUCAAGAAACCCAAGGUUCUGACAAAGGCGGAGCUGGAAGCCGAGGCGGCGGCGGCCGCUGCUGCUCAGGAGCAGGCGCGCAAGAUGAAGCCCAAGGCUCGGGGUGCCGUGGGGCCGCGGCGUGGUGGCAAAGCAAGAGCUGCGCCUGCGCAAGCAUCCUCAAGCAUGGAUCUCACAUAA